UGUGUGUGUGUGUGUGUGUGUGUGUGUGUGUGUGUGUGUGUGUGUUCCCAUUAGCUGUGUGUAGAAGAUUAAGCAGAGCUUAGUUGACUUGUUACUUUCCGCUCUCUACUCUGGGACAGCUUUUCAUGGCUUCAUGUCUGCUGACUUCGCAGGAAUAAUGCCGGACAGCGAUAUGACUUCAGAUUAGAUCCAUCUGCACCCUUUCUACAGAAACUGAUAGCACCUUGAAGCUGGGCACCAUGAGGCUGUUUCCACUGUGGCUGCUGAUGUUCGGGGUCUUUCAAAGAACCACUUCUCAGUUUCCUGGGUGGAUUGGUGAGAUGGAAGGUAGUGAGACGGUAUGGCUUUCCCAACCAGAUUUCAUAGAGGACAUCUAUUGGUCCGGGUCAGCGCCUCUUUGUUUAGGAGGCUGUAAGGCUCAACACGCGGAGCUGAGGAAGGACCGCUGUGGAGACUCGAGCUGCUGCUGGCUCGGAUACAAGUCCCUGUGCAGAGUGAACUGUGGGAGGCCUGAUGUGGACUAUAACGGACAGGUGUUUGGUACCGACUGGUGGGUGGGCUCUGUGCUGAGGUACACCUGUCACCCUGGCUUCAUGCUGGUGGGGAACCCGACCAGAACCUGCCAGUCUGACGGCCUCUGGACCCCGAGACCUACCUGCCUCAGAAUGUGUGCGCAGGGACGCGUUGAGGUCAGUGAGAGGGAACUAAACGGGACGUGUAACUCCACCUGUGAGAACAAGAGCUACUUCGGCCCGCCAAAACUGGGCUGCUCUCGCUUGGACAACUGCAGGGGCAAAGAGACCGGCUGGAAGCGGUUCUUUGCACAGUGUGUCCCUUGCAUAUGUGAAUGUGCUUUGUCAUGUGGUGAGUUGCUUCCCCGCCACUCUGUCAAACAUAAAGGACGAACUGUUGUAUAAGGAGACCAUGUUGCAAUGUUGUCUCACUGCCAAUGCACUUCCACGUGGUUAAUUAUUGCUUAAAAUGUGAACACAACGACAGCUUGUACGCUGCAGAGCCACGCAUGUUUUUGCUGCUUCAUCCUAUUUUGUGGAAAAUAAGAGGACUUCAAUCCAAAUCUUUUGAGACAUUACUUUUCUAUCUCUGGCACACGGAAGCUAAAAAUGUCAUCUUGGUUUUUAUUUAAGGAUUUCACACCGCGACUAAAAGAUUUCAUGUUCAAAUCCCUCCGUGUCAGGAAAUAUUAGCAAAGCCUAACUGCUAAAUUCAGUCGAUUUGUGUCACGUGAGGUGGCAGAAGGGUCAUGAAAAGAAAGUGGGGUGACUUUUAAAACAGUCUCUGAGAGGCUGUGUCAGACUUGGGUCAAAUAUUUAUUUGAAAUAGAAUUCAAUAUUGUCUUAAAUAAAAAGUUGAACCUG